AUGAAUAAAUUUCUACUGAAAAGAGAACUUGGUAUAUGUAAUGAAAGAAGAGAAAUAAUUGAUGAAAUUAAAAGAAGUAUAAGACAUCUCGAUUUAUCAGUAUAUAAACAAAUUAUAAACUAUAAUAAAGGUCCUAUCAAUCAUUUAGAUAUUGAUGUUGCUGAAAAUAGAUAUUUAUUAUCUGUUAGUGGUGAUGGAAUAAUACAAAUUUAUGAUUUAUUUGAAAAUUUAUUAAAUAAUAAAAAAAAUAAUGAAAUUAAAACAGAAUUUCAACCAAUAUUAAAAAUAAAUAGAAAAAGUAAUAAUAAUAAUAAUAAUAAUAAUAGUAAUAGUGAAGGUAUUUUAUUAAAAGGUAUAUCAAGUGUUCAAUGGUACCCAAUUGAUACAGGAAUAUUUUUUAUUGGUGGUGUUAAUGGUAAUGUUGAAGUAUGGGAUACUAAUCUUGGACAAGUUUCACAAACAUUUUAUCUUGAGAAUUGUGUAAAUUCAAUAUCCUACUCUCAAGUUAAUUGUACCAAUUUAUUAAUUGCCGCUGCAACAACUGAUCCAAAAGUUAGACUAUGUGAUAUGCGUACAAACUCUUCCGUUCAUUGUUUAACAGGUCAUCGUGAAAGUGUACUCUCAAUUAAGUGGUCACCUUUCUCUCCAAAUUUAAUUGCAACCGCUUCAAAAGAUAAAACAAUUAGAUUAUGGGAUAUACGUAGAGGUGAUACAUUUCUAUUUGCUUUAGAUCAAUAUAAUGGUAGUGGUAUUGGUAUUGGUGUUGGUGGUGGUAGUGGUGGUGAAAGUAAUGAUGAUGUUGGUAAUGAUAUUGGUGGUGGUAAUAAGAAUGAUUUAAAGCAAUCAAAAAGGUAUAGACAAAAAUUACAUAAACCUAAAUCACUUCAAACCAGUAGUAGUUCAAUUAUUGAGAAAAGAAAUAUUGGUGGUGGUGGUGGUGGUAUUGGUGGAUCAGCUAAUUUAACAUUGAAAAAAGAGGUACCAACUGCUCAUAAUGGUACAAUCACAUCAAUUGCUUGGACACCCGAUGGUAAUUAUUUAGUUAGUACAGGAGCUGAUAGUAAAAUUAGAUUAUGGGAUAUUCAAAAAGGUGGUGCAAAUACAAUGAUCAAUUAUCCAAAUGCUCACAAUGUUCACAAAAUACCAAAUCAAAUUUGUUUAUCUACCAAUGGUCAAUAUCUAUUUCAUCCAAAUGGUAGAGCGAUUCAUGUUUAUGAAACUGCAACAGGUAAUUUAGUACGUCAAUUAAAAGGUCAUUUUGAAAAAGUCAAUUGUUGUGUUUUUAAUCAUUGUGAUCAAGCUUUAAUCUCUGGUUCAAAUGAUAGAUUAACUUUGUAUUGGGAUAAUUCAAAUGAUGAUCAAAUUGAUGAUCAACAAUUUUUAAAUGAAGAAAAACAAAAUAAUCAAAAUAAUGAUGAUGAUAAUAAUAAUUUUCAAGUUACUACUAAUACAACAACUAAAACUUCAACAACAACAACAACAUCAACAACAAUAUCUCCUCCGACAACUUUAGAAGAUGUUGAUAAUUGGAGUGAUGAUUAG